AUGAGCCUUGCCGAGGCCCAUGCGUGCUGGGUUCCCUUGAACAAAGAGGUUGUGGUUGCUAGGCCGGUGCCAUGUGGGGCAACGCCCUUGACUGAGCCUGCUUCCGUGACCCAUGCUGAGAAGUCCGAAGAGCGAGUGGACAUGCCAGCAACCGCCCUGUUUUGUGCCACGGCGACCGAUGCAAUCCUGGAUACGGGUGCUAGUCGUUGUGUGAUGGGCAAAAGCCUACUCCCAGGUUUUCUGCAACAGCUCAGCGAGACCGUGCGUGCACAGGUAAAGGUAAUGCAAAGUGCGGUUAGGUUCCGGUUUGGGAAUAAUCAGACCCUACUUAGUGAUCGCCGAAUUCUGUUGCCUUUCAAGACUGCGUCUCGCAAAACGCUGUGGCUGAGCAUCGAGGUGGUGCCCGGGAAGACUCCUUUACUCUUCAGUAAGAAGGCAAUUAAGCAACUAGGCGGCUUAAUUGACACUGAAAAAGAUGUGGUGCACCUCAGACGGCUCCCGAAGAGCCUACCGAUGCGUGUCGGUCCAACCGGACUCUAUCUGAGAUAG